UAUAUAAGCCAUCAAGGACUGCGUUGUGCCGCUAAUUCGCGUAAAUCCGACAGGGGAGUCACUUUGUACCAUCGCCAGGGUAUCCGAGAAGGCAAGCCAAUUGGGGACAUACCUACGUGUAGGACAGACGUUAUCAUACUUCUCUAGUUAGUAAAACCUAGGGACUAUCGAGUAGACAGGUAAACCUAGGGACGAUGCUGUUAAGGAUGACACCUUUCUGCCUGGGAUUAGUUACAUAUAUUCUUUUGGCAUCAUCAACCCAAGCCGAAGACGUUGUUGUUCCACAAACACCAGAUGAUGCCAGUGAAAGUGAGGUAAAAGACAAUGUAGACACUGAUGGAUAUUACCAGGAUGUGAGUAAAUCAGUAUAUGCUACAAACAAUAAUGACGAAAAACGUCAAUCAGUGGACACACUAGGUUUUUCUGGAACUCUAGGAAAACGACGUAUUGACCCAAUUCUCUUUGGAGGUCGGUUAGGUAAAAGAGGGAUGGAUCCUUUGGGAUUUGCUGGAACUCUUGGUAAACGAGGAAUUGAUAAUCUGGGCUUCGCUGGAACUCUUGGUAAACGAGGAAUGGAUCCUUUGGGAUUUGCUGGAACUCUUGGUAAACGAGGAAUGGAUCCUUUGGGAUUUGCUGGAACUCUUGGUAAACGAGGAAUGGAUCCUUUGGGAUUUGCUGGAACUCUUGGUAAACGAGGAAUUGAUAAUCUGGGCUUCGCUGGAACUCUUGGUAAACGAGGAAUGGAUCCUUUGGGAUUUGCUGGAACACUUGGUAAACGAGGAAUGGAUCCUUUGGGAUUUGCUGGAACUCUUGGUAAACGAGGAAUGGAUCAUUGGGGCUUUGCUGGAACUCUUGGUAAACGUAGAAUGGAUCAUUUGGGCUUUGCCGGUACUCUCGGGAAACGUAGAAUGGACAGUCUGGGCUUCGCUGGAACUCUUGGUAAACGGGGAAUGGACAAUUUGGGAUAUGCUGGACAACUGGGUAAACGAGGCAUGGACAAGUUUGGAUUUGCAAGUCAGCUUGGGAAAAGAGCAAUGGACAAGUUCGGAUUUGCCAGUCAACUCGGUAAACGAGGUAUGGACAAGUUUGGAUUUGCCAGUCAACUCGGUAAACGAGGUAUGGACAAGUUUGGAUUUGCCAGUCAACUCGGUAAACGAGGUAUGGACAAGUUUGGAUUUGCCAGUCAACUCGGUAAACGAGGUAUGGACAAGUUUGGAUUUGCCAGUCAACUCGGUAAACGAGGUAUGGACAAGUUUGGAUUUGCCAGUCAGCUGGGAAAAAAGGCUGUGGACAGGUUUGGAUUUGCGAGUCAACUUGGGAAACGGGCAAUGGACAAACUGGGAUUCGCAAGUCAGUUAGGGAAAAAGGCCGUUGACAGGUUUGGUUUUGCAAGUCAACUUGGCAAACGUGGUGUAGAUCAUUAUGGAUUCAUGGGAACACUAGGCAAAAGAGGAAUGGAUAGUCUCGGAUAUGCCGGGCAGCUUGGGAAAAGGGGCAUGGAUGGAUUUGGCUUUGCUGGAACACUUGGAAAGAGGGGCGUUGAUUCCCUUGGAUUUGCUGGGCAGCUUGGAAAAAGGAGAAUGGAUUCCUAUGGCUUUAAUGCACAACUCGGGAAAAGGGACGGUUCUGAUGUUGAACGGCAAAAGCGGCAAAUGGACUCACGAAUGUUCGGAGCACGACUGGGAAAGAGAAUGGAUGCUGCCCAAUUAGGCAAGAGAUCAGCUGAGAAAGUAGACUCAGACAAUUUCUCGUCCCAAGACGCAUCCUAAUAACAUACUUCCUGAAGUGGAAGAAAAGAAAUUGGCGACACAACGUAAGUGUCGUCCAGACACAAAUCCAACAUAACUCGACUUUGUCCAUUUACAAGGGAAGUGAUUUUCAUAGUUCUCUACCAUCAUACCAUUGGACGACCCCGCAGUCUACUCCUGAUUUCAACCUAGUCGUAUACGCUGCCUGUACUGUAUAAACUUAUGUUGAGUAAUUUCGUAUUUGUUGGGUGACCGUUGUGUUUCAAGGUCGUUAAUGACGUUGGGAUCCUUGACAUCAUUCAUUCUUCCUAAUAAUUUGUUGAAGGGUGUUUCGAGGAUAGGUAGUGUUGCUGGCAUGACACUUUCGGUAAAUACAGCAAAUAAUCUCACUGAAAAUCAUUCUGUCAUUAUUUUAGUGUAAUAAGCUAUUUUAAUGUUAAAAAAAACACGGGAAUGAAUUGGUAACAUGGUUCGUUUUCACAUAACAAGUAUGAUUUGUUAUUAUGUUUCUGUGUAAUUUAGAUGAAGAUUUUUUUUUAGUUUAACCGAUUAUGUUUUACAACUUUUCUACCGUAGAAUCAAAACGAAGUUUCUUUCAUGUUAUGUUUUAUUCGUGACGUAACCGCUCCGGGUUUCAAAUCAGCGAAUGAUUGCAUUAAUUGUAUUUGGUUUGUCGCAUGCUUAUUUUCAGAAGAUAUGAAAUAAUUUAAUUAUUGCCUUAGACAUGUAUAUAAUAUGUAAAUACUGAUCUGAAUAAAGUAAUUUUGAAUAUAA